UGCAUUUAUGGAAAGAAAACCGUUAUCACUUCAUGUUGAGAAGAUUUAAGACAUUGUGAAUAAUCGUUUGGAUGUGUAGUACUUGCGUUAUAAUGUCGUGAAACGAUCUAGUGGUCUACCCGCGUUUAUUAUAUAUAAACACUCCGGGUUUGUUUGGUUUUUUCCCCCCUCUCUGAUCGGAUUGCUGUUUUCCGGCUGUUGUUUAAAGCCUACAAACAUCCAAAAAUGUGGACCAGAGGUGAUUUUGAACAUGGAUACGAACCUUCUAAAACAGGCACCAGCAGUGGUAGCUCUCCAGGAUGGGUCCCUGGCCAUGAGUCAGCCUGGCUCAGCAACCCUCCAGGCCCUGAGAGCAGUAUCGGUGUUCGCCGACACAGCACAGUUUCUGACAGUGGUGACACCGGCAUCGGCACUUACUGCUCCGAUAGCGUGGAAGACGACUCCAGUUCCAGUACCACACCUUCAUCUUUCCAUCCACUGUCCCAGCAUCACUUGGGCCAAGACGAAGGGUUCGGGAGUGGUAUUCCCAUCGUCCACGUCAUGCCAUCCCCCUCCGCUUUACCCCACAGUUGCCUCAAAAUGCCAGCCUCACCCAGCAGCAGCACAGGUCGCUGGAGCAGGUCUUGCCAACUACUUACGCCAACCAUGUCUCCCCAAUAUGCACCAAGCAGUCUGGACAUGAAGGAUCACCAGCACCAGCCCAUUCGUAGGUGGUCCUCUCUUACCAAGUUGUCAUCUGGGGCUGAUAAGAGCUCCACUAGGACAUCGGCCUAUCAGUACAACCUGAAUUCACAAGGCUCCCUGGACAGAGGUGUGCUAUACGGCUACAGAAAGGAACCCCGUGGUUCAAACACAAACACGGGUCUUUAUUUACCGUUAUCAUCCUCCAUGCUCAGCCAUAGUUUGCUACAGCGCUCACCAGGUGCCGGUCCCUGCUACUGGAACAAUCACAGCAUUAGAUCACCUGGUUUGGAAACAGACCUAUCCCUGUCUUCCACUCUGUCCUCACCUGUAAAACACAACAGUCUGAACAUGAGCUAUAGUGCGUUACCAGAAACUAAACUGCCUUGGGGAAGUCUCAGCUUACCCAAGCAAGCAGAUUCAACGCUGGGUCAUCAGACCGAUAGAGACUCUCCGAUUCAGUCUGCAGUCCGAACCCAGAUGUGGCUGACGGAGCAAAUGGAGUACAGCCCCAAAGUAGAACGCGGAGGGGAACUCGGUCAGAUCGGUGACACUGAGACAAAGGUCUGUGGUGGAGAUGGGCUGUUGCCACGGCAGCAGCAGGGACAUCAGCGGGAACCAGGAAUCAAUCCGAUGCUGAUGGGGACCUCCCUUCCUGUCAACACUCUGGUGAAAGUUAAAGAGGGACUGCUGAGACAGAGAGAACUGGAGAUAGAUCGACAAAAGCAGCAGAUCCUGCAGCUCCAUGUCCGGAUUAGAGAGAACGAGCUCAGAGCGCAGCAGGUCCUGCAGAGCCAGAGAGGCUGGUUUGAUGAGCCACACAUCCUCAAUACAAAGGAGUCAGCGAUGGGAAUACCAUGCAAACAGCCAUCUGAUAGGCUGUUCUGUGAUGAAGACCUUGUUAGGAAGCUGGCACUGGCCGAACUGGAAGUACUCCAUUUGAACGAGUUCUUAAAGCAAGUCACACAAAAGUAUACAGAGGACAUCAGAAAACUGGAGGAAAAGAUAAAGACGAGGGAUCGUUACAUCAGCAGUCUGAAGAAGAAGUUCCAGAGACAGAAUGAACAGAGCCAAGAAAAACAGAGACGCAUAGAGACACUGGAGAAAUACCUGGCAGACCUACCAACGCUGGACGAGGUGCAGACCCAGGCCCAACAGCUGGAGGAGGUGCAGCAGAAAGCGAAGGAGCUGGAAAAGACGGUGUCCCAGUUAGAGGAGAGCAUAGAGGAAGGAUGCGCCGUGAUGAAGGAAAAAGACGUCAAGAUUGAGAUGAAGGCCAAGAGAGAGAAAGAGCUGAUCGCAUCUGUACACAGCCUGCAACAGAAGGUGCAGCAGUGUUUAGACGAUGGAGUGAGGUUACCCAUGCUGGACCUGAAGCAUCUCGAAGCGGAAAACAGUCAACUUCUGGAGCACCAUGACCACAGCAGCAGGCUGAUUGAACACCAGAAAGAACAGAUUGAGCGACUGACUUCACAGCUAACGCAGCGGCAGUUGGAGGAAAGGUUGUUGCUGCAUUGUCUUCCCCAUGUGGAGAUGCCAGAAGUGGACCGGCUGGUGAAAGAGAUGUCUCUGUGUCUCCUGGACCUCCAGGGUCUCUGCAGCAUCCUGGCUCAAAGAGCACAAGGAAAGGAGCUCAACCUGUCUCUGCUUCUGGGAAUGACAUCGCUGAGCGUUUCUGCAGAGGAGAGCGACUCCAGGGACGCGGUGGAGGAAGAGCUGAAGUUCAAGCUGCUAGAAGUGGGUCAGCUGAGGAGAGACAUCGAUGAGCUGAGGAAAAGUAUCUCAGACCGCUACGCUCAUUACAUGGUUGACAGCUGUGUCUCCCACUGACCCCUCCUCCUCCCCCCUCCCCAUCUUCCAGCUCUGAUAGCAAAGCUCUAACAUAGUGCGUGUUUUAAUUCUUUUACUUCUUAAUACAUUUCAUUCAUAACCACAUAAAGGAUAUUCAUAUAUUAAGAGUUCUAUGGUUCAGACCAA